GAAGUUCGAGCCUCGCGCGCAAUUUAUUUCUGUCAAAAUUGUUUACUGCGAGGUUACUUUUAAUAAUUUUCUUAAAUUAUUUACUUUAGUUUCCUACAAGUCCUACACUUUACUUCAUUAAUGUUAAGUUUGAAUAGUUAUGUAUCUUUGUUAGUAAACUUACACGUAUAAUAAGCCAACUGGAUUUGUGUUUGACUGUCAAAAAGUACGCGAAUAUUUUGUAAAAUUGGAUUUUACAUAAUGUUAUCGCACGAUGUAUGAAGAUGAAAACAUUACUUGUACUCCAAAGCGUUGCGUGCUUACUGAAGUUACAAACUCAGCCAACUAUGUAUCUCCAACCGCUAACCUCAAGUUACUGACCAAUGUUGCAUUGCAAUAUCCCACACCCCCGCCUAGUGCAGUGCACAGAAAAGAAAAGUCUCUCCAGAUAUUAUGUGACAGAUUCCUCAACCUGUACCCACUACAUGGUGAUGGUCCAGUGGAAAUACAACUGGAUAGCACUGCAGCCCGGCUAGGCGUCGAAAAGCGUAGAAUGUAUGACAUAAUAAACAUACUGGAAGCAAUGCAAUGUGCUGUCCAUAAAAGGAAGAACACUUAUCUUUGGCAUGGAGGAGCUCGCUUGAAUUCAUUUUUAAAGAUGUUGAAGAAACAGGGUGAACACCUUAGGUUGUCAGAGGCGCUGCGUGGAAAAGCCCCGAAGCCCCCCACACCUAAACAUAAAACUUUGGGAGUCUUAGCACAGAGAUUCUUAAUGUUAUUUUUAGUGGAACCUCCUAAUACUCUAAUAAACUUGGAGAUGGCUGUGAGGGUGUUGAUUGACACAUCCAGUAAAAAUAAGACGGUGCUCUCUCCAGAGCAGCAGGACCGCCAACACAAGUCCAAAGUCAGGAGACUCUAUGACAUUGCCAAUGUAUUUAUUUCUAUUGGUCUCAUUGAAAAAGUGUCAGGUAAUUUAAUAUUAAAAAAGCCAGUUUUUAAGUAUGUGGGCCCAUUUAAGAUUAAGAAGUGUGAGAAAAGUUUGAUGAGCACAGAUUCUCCAAUCACACCACUAUCAGUUUUGGACAGCCAACAGAAGGCCUCCGCUUACCAUGUGUUUGCUGGCCGGUCAAAGCGGAAACUGGAGUUCACUAGCCCAACUUCCACCAAAGAACUGAAGCUUGGUGUCACAACCCCACCCCACACACCGUCACACAAAUGGGAUGAGAUCCUGCUUGUGGCUGACAUGGAACUGACUAGAAUUAACAAAGGAGUAGUCUUGUGAUUAAUUAUAAAUUCAAUUGUAAUGUAUUAAUUCAGAUUUUAUAUAGUCCUUUUUCUAUUUUUGUCUUCCAGGAAUUAAAUUUAAAUGUCAUAGUGACUACUAUUUUAUAGACAAAAUUAUAAUGUACUUUGUUCCUAUAUUUAAAUUUUAUUCAGUUGUUGCUUAGAGCAGAUUAAUUUUAUUUGUCGCAAUAAUAUUUAAUUGCCUCUUUUUAUACUUAAAACACCUAGAGGGAGUGUGGAAUAUAUAGCUAGCAAAAAGUAUAUACAUGUGUGAGAGAUUAGACUGGACUCCUUUUUAUUAUUAUUUUUAUUUAUGUGAUUUUACAAUCCUGGUGUCCAGGAUCACUACAAAAUCAAUUUAUGACAAAUUAUGUUAUAAUGACAUAACUAAAGUAUAUUUUUCCUGACUGUUAGCUGUGGACAUGGAUUUAUAUAGAGUAUGCUUUUAUUUUCUAUUGUUUUUAAUCUUUAAUCAUAAUAAAUGAAAUGGCCUUUCUUAAUUA